UAGCUGAUUUACGACUACACAACUACGGUCAUUCAAUCAAAUGUGCCAACCCACAAGAGAAAAUACUUAUCUCUGUUACAUUUUGUCCUCGUAUUUUGGGUUCACGGCGGAGCCGGUAAGUAGAACCGUGGAUUCGAGGGGUUUUGAAUAGUAAUAACGGAAAUUUGAGCGACGUCGACUUUCCCUUAAAUGGUCACUAGCAACACAGUGCGUUGAAAAAGCACACAUGAGAAAAAACACGUGUGGAUAAAGGUGCAUCAGUAAACAAAUGCAAUGCUGACAAUAAUCUGUUUUCAUGCAUGACUGUGAAAUGCAUGACUCUUACAUAAUAACCCCACAUCUGCCUUUAUUUUUUUUAACCAUGCAUAAAAUGACCUAGCCCACUCAAGGUAAAACCUUGCAUACAGUGAAUGGUGGUUGACAGCCCAGUGGCCUUGUCACCUUCUUCCGAAGGCUUUUUCUUCAGGUGGCGUCAAACUUAACACCAACUAAAGAUGGUUAAGCUGGAGCUGGAUCAAGUGGUGAUGAGGAGGAUGAAGGAGGACGACAUUGAGAUGAUUAAAGCUCUCAUUAAGGAGGGCUGCGAGGGCACAGAGAACCGCCUUAUUCUGCACAUCCUCACUCGCCCGCUAUGCCUUUUUGUCCUGGCUGUGUUUUCCUCCGCCCUGCGCUGCCUGGUUCAUUCCUUCGUCUUGGCCCUGGCCAUCCCCGUCUUCCUGCUCAUUAUCUACCUGAAAAUCACCAUGCCACGCUCCACGGGGGUUCUGGGCAGCAGCCGCCCCUCCUGGGACUACGUGGGCAGCAGCUUCCGGGGGACGCAUGAUGAGAUGCUGCAGAAUCCUUAUGCCCGGAUCAGUGGCAAGAAAGCCAUCAUGAGGAAGCCGAGGCGGAGAACAGUCUCCAAAGACAGCGAGGCAUCAGCAGAGAGCAUCACCCCAGAGAGGGAGCAGGCUGCAGGGCUGGUCUGGGUGGCAGAGUGCGAAGGCGAAAUCUUGGGCUGCCUCUUCCGAGAGAGCGAGAAGCGCCCCGGCAUCCGGAGGUUCUGUCGGCUGGUGACGGGCAGCUGGUACCGCAGGGAGGGCCUGGCUAGGCUCUUUGUGCAGAGUUUGGAGCAGAAGGAGAGGGAGGCGGGGGCGCUGCGAGUGUACGCGCACGUCCCGUACCCUUCUAAGGUGGGCGAGGUGUUCUUCAGAAAACUGGGUUAUCAGCAGCUUGGGGAGCAGACUGAUGAGAAUGCUGAGGAUGAGGAAGCACAGAGGGAGGCUCCUGAGAGAGGAUUUCUGGGAUAUCCGCUCACAAAAGUCUUCUACAAAGACUUAUGAUGGCGGAAGCAUCCUUCCAGGACUUCCAGGGACGCAAACAGGAGUGACAUCAGGAUAUUUAAGCCUACAGUAGUUAUGCACUGUAAGUAUUAGUUAUAUACUUAUUUAUUCAGUUAUGUACUGUAAGUAUUAUUUAUACAGUAUACUUAUUUAUCACCUUCCGAAAAAUAGCAUUUCUUGCCUUUACCAUGAAAUACACUCCUCAUCAAAACGUUCACAGCAGUUGAAAAAUGUCAAGAAUGUACAUUUUGUACUGUUGGAUCUUAAGGAGGUUUGAAGUAGAGCUUCAAAAUGCAAAAAGAAGAACUUGGAGUGAGACAAAAAAAAACCAAAAAAGCUCUUCAAAGGCCUUGUCUCGCUAAAGGUUUGGAAUUUGCAGCAGAGCACCAAACAUGGGACAUUGAAAGGUGGAAGAAAGUUUUCUUCUCCCUUGACGGUCCAGAUGGCUUCCAACGUUACUGGCAUGACGAGGAGAUCCCACCUGAGAUAUUUUCCGUACGGCACAGUGGAGGGACCGCCAUCAUGACCCUUAAAUGGAACAGUGGAGCUUCAGGUUGUGCAGGGGCGUCGAAUGGCAGCUAGCAGCUUUAUUUCAGUUUUAUGCUUACUCCUUAAGAUCCGACAGUGCAAGAUUUUUCAACUGCUUUGAACAUUUUAAUUAAGAGUGUAUAAUCAUUUAAAAUCCUUACAAUUGUUGUGUUUUACAUAUUCGUGUUACUCCGUAUUGCAACUAUACUUUUAACUUUCUUCUCUUUAAAAACAACAACAAAAAAACAUUUGGAAUUCACACUUUAGUCACAUUUCUGGGUUUCCACUCAGUCCUGUUACACCAGGGGUGUCCAAAGUGUGUCCCAGGGGCCAUGUGCAGCCAACUGGAUUGCUUUUGAUUGGCCACUGGCACAAGGCACAUUGAAGGGAUAAAAUUUAACCUUAAAAAAAAUGGAAAAAUAGAGCAAAAAGGCAGACUGUGAAGACAAAAAGCUGAACUGUUGAUACUAAUAAUGAAUGUGAAAUAUACAGUAGAACAUUUUCCUUAGCCUUUUUACAAAAUAAAAAUAAAUAUCAAAGUCAUAAUAUUACGAGAAGAAAAGUUACAAGAAGAAACUUGGAAGUCGUUGGCAAAUUUAACCAACGCAGAAAUGGGAAAAAACGACAAUAAAAAAAAUUUGCACUCUAAUUUUUUAUGUUUUUUGUUGUAGUUAUACAAUGAGAAACAAACAAAACAAUGAAUAAAGUUGCAAGUUUUGGAAAAGUAUGUUGUGGAAAAAAAUCAAAUGUUAUGAGAAUGAAGUCAAAAUUUUGUGGAAUAAAGUCAAAUUUAUAUUGAAGUUGAAAUAGUCGGAAAAUUAAAAAGAAAACCAGCAGAAGUGGGGAAAAAAGUGCUGUAAUUUUACGAGAAUAAAGCCCAAAUGUUAAGAGGAAAAAGUCGUAUUCUAACAAGAAAAAAAGUGGCAAUUUUGUGAGGAUAAUCUUGUCAUAUUAUGAGGAAAACUAUUGUUAUUUUAGUAGCCUGGAGUUGGAACAUCUUUUCAAAAUGGGUUACUUUUUCAAAGUCAUAACAUUAUGAGAAAUUUGGGUUGGGGGAAAAGUUAUAAUAUGGGAAUAAAAAGAACAUUUACGAAGAAUAUUAAUAUAUACUGUAAGAAAGUUGAAAUAGUUGGAAAAUAAAAAAAAAAAAUUUAAAAAAAGGAGGGCAAAGAAUGAAGUUGAUAUUAAUCAUCUGUUUUUAUGCCAAAGCUGAGAUGCACUUUUUUCUUGAAAUAAAUGUAACUUGUUAGCAUAUCUUAUACUAAGUAGCAAAAUGGCAUUUUUCACUAUCUGGCCCUCGCUGGAGGGAAUAAAGUCAUAAUAUUAAGAAUAAUAUCAAAAAGAAAAUUUACAAGAAAACUGAAAUAGUUGGAUUUUUUUUGUUUUUUUCAUUUUUACAAGAAUAAAGACAAAAUCUUAAGAGGAAAAAAGUCGUUUUCAAACAGGAAAAGAGUUGCAUAACAAAUUAAAAAGUCAUAAGGUGAAAAAUAUGGGAAUAAAGUCUUAAUAUCACGAGAGGAAAAUUUACAAGAAGGUUGAAAUUUUCUUUUUUUUAAAUGUAAAAAUGCCACAGCAGAAAUGGGGGAAAAAACAGCUGUAAUUUAAGAACAAAGUUAAAAUAUUAAGAAAAAUAAAAAAUGGAAUUCUAACAAGAAAUGUUUUGCAAUUUUACGAGAAUAAACUUCUGUUUAUGGGGGAAAAAUAGCGUCAUUUUAGUAGGAUAGAGUUGAAAUAUUAAAGAGAAAUGAUUUUGGGUUUUUUUAAGUCCAAAUAUGAUGAGAAACAAACAAAACAAAAUUAAGUUUUGUUUUUGAAAAAUUAUGUUGGGGAAAAAUGUUAUAAUAUUACGGGAGUGAAGUCAUAAUGUUGAUGAAAAUUCAUAAAGAUUAAGAAGAGAGUUGAAAUAUUUGGAAAAGAAAAAGAAAAAAACAGCAAAAAUGUGAAAAAAAGAGUGAAGUUGAUACGAAUAAAAUGUUUUUUCACCUGCAGUAUAUGACAAAGCUGAGAUGAAAUAAAUAUGACUUCUCAGCAUAUCUACUGUUCAUGUGUUGCUGUACAGAAUAAAAAUUGGCAACAUUGCAUCCUUUCAUUUUUCACUAUGUGACCCCCGCUGGAGGAAAGAGUUUGGACACCCCUGCUUUAAAGAAAGGUGUGGAAUGAAUUUAGGAUUUGUACAAAACGUGUUUCCUAAAUAGGUACUGUGUGUGUGUGUGGUUGGUUUGCAAGAUAUUUGAGCCAAGUAAAAGGUGUUAUGUGAGAGCAUACUGUACAGUAUACGGUAUACAGUAUGACUGUAUGUAUAGGAAGUGUUUUGUGGUUGAUGUGAAUGUGCAGAAUCGGUUUCAUUUGUUUGAGCUGCUCUCUUAAACCACAGCUUACCUGCACGCACCCGUCAGCUACAGUACUUCCAAAAGUGCUAUACAGUACUGUACUCUACAUCUUAUGUACUGCAUGUACUCUAUAUCAAUAUUUGUAUUGAUGGAUGGAUGGAUGGUGGAGCUACAACUGGACACACCAUCAACUCCAAUGCAAAACGCUUACGGUUGGGAAAUAAUUCCAAUUCAAAUAUUCCACAAGAGAGAAAUAGGCCUUUUAGUGUACAUAGAAAAGUUUUACAGAGUUCAGCUCAUGAAAGAUGGGAGCAAAAACAGAAGUGCACCUAAAAACACCACUUUUGUGUGUGUGUGUGCGUGUGUGUGUGUGCGUGUGUGUCACUCCCAUUCAAAGCUGCUUCAACUCAAAGACCAGCCAGGGUGUGGAUCAUUUUGGCCUCAUCUCAGGGGUGUCCAAAGUGCCUUUUUUUAAAAAUAGGUCCACUUCACAGUCUAAAAAUAUCAUUUAACAAGAAAACUUAAAUACAUUUUUAAAAAGUCGUAUUCUAAAGUAAAAAAGUCGCAGUUUUACAAGAAUAACGUCAUAACAUUAUGAGGAAAAAUAAUGUCAUUUCAGUAACAUACAAAAAAUAUAUAUUUUUAUUUAUUUUAUUUUUCUCCCUAGAAAUAUAUAUAAUAAAGUCAGAAUCAUGAAAAGAAAAUUUACAAGAAGAAUGUUGAAGUAAUUGGAAAAAAAAAAACGACUGUAAUUUUAUGAGCAAAACCGUAAAAAUCAGCAGUAAGUUGACAAGAAUAAAGUCAAAAUAUUAAGAGAAAAAAAAUCUUAAGAGAAUAAAAUCCUAAUAUGAGGAAAAACUAACAUUAGAUGAGUAGCAUGAAGUUGAAAUCAUUUUUAUAAGUUGAGAAACAAAACAAAUAAAGUUGUCAUUUUUGGAAAACGAGUUUAGAAUAUUGGGAUAAGGUGAAAAUAUUUAGGGAAUAAAGUCAUAA